GGCGUGGCUGUCCUGAUGACGUGUCCGGGGCGUGGCGGAAGUGCGGCCGGACGGUGGCCGGAAGGGGGGUCGGUCUGUCUGUCUGUCGGUCCGUCCGCGGUACCGGGAGGGCCCCCCCCCGGGAUGAGCCCCAAGGCCAAGCGGGUGCUGCCCACCCGCCCUGAGCCCCCCAGCGCCGAGCAGAUCCUGGCCGACGUGCAGGGCACCGACCCCACCGACCCCGUGUUCGUCCUCCCCGCCGAGCCCCCCCAGGAGAGCGGCCCCGCUCCAGGCUGCCCCGAGCCCGCGGCCGAGGAGCGGGAGCGGCUGUACCGGCAGAUCCGCGCCUACGUGGGGAUGAACCAGCGGCUGCAGCGCUCCCGGGAGCAGCUGCGGGAGCGGCGCCGGGAGCUGCAGAGGGUCGGGGAGGCGCUGGACGGCGGCAUCGCCGAGAUGAGGCAGAGGGCGUUCUGAGGGAUCUGCCGUGCUGCGGUUUCACUUUCCCAAAAACUUUUCCCUCGGGAGGAUCCGGAUUUGCCGGUGACCUUUUCCCAGGGAUCCUCCCUCCUUUGCUGGAACAAAGGCUUGUGCCCCUCCUCCUGUCCCCGAUCCGGCUGCCAUGUCCCCCGUGGGUGGCACGUCCUCUCCUCCCUACGACUUUUCCCUCUGGUACUUCCCCGAGGAUGACCACGUCGCCUCCCGCAUCGCGGAGCGCCUGAGGGAGGAGGGGUUUCGGGGCUUCACCGAGCACCAGGACUUGGUAGCCGGGCGAUCUGUCAUCGUGUCAGCCGUGGAGGCCAUCGAGGCCAGCCGCGUGGCCAUCCUGCUCCUCUCGGCCAAGUCCGUGGGCGACCGGUGGUGCCAGCGCGUGUCCCAGUGGAACCUGCUCUGCAGCGUCCGCCAGCGCGGCCCCAGGGUGGUCCCGGUGUGCGUGGGGGUCUCCAGGGCCGAGGUGCCCCCGCUCCUGCGGCACCUGGUCCCGCUGGAGUACCAGAACGAGUUCUUCUUCCCGCGCCUCCUGGCCAGCCUGAGGUCCCGCCCAAGGAGCGGGGCCGGGCGGGUCCCGCCCGAGGGGACGAACUGAGGGACCCCCGGCGGGGCUGGGCGGGGGCGGGCACGGCCCCACGGUGUGAAAACCCGCCCUGUUUCGCUAAUAAAGGUGGUGGGAAUGGGUCA